AUGCCGGUGUAUACGAACUUUCUAGUAUUGGUUGGUUUCUGGCACGCUUCGGCAGACUGGAUUUAUCGACUCUCUGGCUGGGAGGUAUCUUCGGUCAUCACCUUGAAGCGACUCCACCAGUGGGCCGAUGCGCAACUUGUCGCCAUGAAAGACAGCGAAAAAGCACCCAGCAUCUCCUUCCUCAGAAUCAUGGCCGGAGGAAGAAUGUCAGAGCAAUCAGCACUAUCCGAAGCCAAGGAAAUGCUUGGGCCGGGUACCGAUACGAACUCUGCUACGCUAGCUCAUAUCCUCUACGCCUUAUCCUUCAAUGAAGCCUUGCAAGCAGAUCUAGUCCGAGACUUGGAGGCAGCCGGGUGGCCGACUGAUACGUCCGCGCUAGAGGCUAUACCGAGACUAGUGGCCGCCGUCAAGGAGGGUAUAAGAUGGACUGGGGCGACAGCUGCUAUGCUUCCACGGAUCUUUCCGCGAGGUGGCUAUCGACUUGCAGGGAAUCGACUUGCAGGGAAUCGCCUUCCCGGUGGGAUCAUGAUCGCCAGCUCCCCGAUCAGGUACCUCCGCAACGAGGUAGCAGUCCCAGAUCCCGAGCGCUACAGAUCCGAACGGUGGCUUACCCAUGAGAAGAACGAUGCUACCUUGCUGCGCGAUGACUACUAUAUCCCUUUUUGCAAGGGGGCUCCCACAUGUAUCGGCAACCAUUUUGCGUAUCUGGAGCUUUUCCUGUCGGUGUCGCAAGUGCUGAAGCGGUAUUCCCUCCACCCCCGGGAGCCAUCGACAGUUACUGUGCGAGAUCAUGAAGCUGUUCUUCCCGCUCGGGAGGAGUGGGUCGCUGCUGUUCCUGUUCGUCGGCUGGAGGUUGUCUCAGGCGAGCGACGAUAG